CACCUGAUCCUGUUAUAAUGUAUGAAGCUCACAGUUACACUUUUUGUUUUUUAGAUGAAGGUUUUGAUCUCUCCUCCCCUGAAAAGACACGUCAACCAUGCCGUGAAGCUGAUGGUUCAGAUGUAGAUGGUAAGUAAUGUUUGAAUCUUGAAGACAUGUACCACGAGAGGUAACAAUACCUAAUGUUUUUACUAAUAGCUUCUCAUGCAUUUCUGCUACAGAUGAUUGUUCAGGAGCAAACCUGAAGAAAAAACCCACACCAAAUAAGAACAGACGACGACGACAGACCAAGAGUGGGGAAACAAAGUGUAAGUUGUUUUUUAUGACAUGAUUCAAAUCUCUGUUUUGUGUCAAGCUCAGUUAAUAAAACACCUGAUCCUGUUAUAAUGUAUGAAGCUCACAGUUACACUUUUUGUUUUUUAGAUGAAGGUUUUGAUCUCUCCUCCCCUGAAAAGACACGUCAACCAUGCCGUGAAGCUGAUGGUUCAGAUGUAGAUGAUGAUUGUUCAGGAGCAAACCUGAAGAAAAAACCCACACCAAAUAAGAACAGACGACGACGACAGACCAAGAGUGGGGAAACAAAGUAUGAAGGUUUUGAUCUCUCAUCCCCUGAAAAGAGACUUAAAUCAUGCCAUGAAGCUGAUGGUUCAGAUGUAGAUGAUGAUUGUUCAGGAGCAAACCUGAAGAAAAAACCCACACCAAAUAAGAACAGACGACGACGACAGACCAAGAGUGGGGAAACAAAGUAUGAAGGUUUUGAUCUCUCAUCCCCUGAAAAGACACGUCAACCAUGCCGUGAAGCUGAUGGUUCAGAUGUAGAUGAUGAUUGUUCAGGAGCAAACCUGAAGAAAAAACCCACACCAAAUAAGAACAGACGACGACGACAGACCAAGAGUGGGGAAACAAAGUAUGGAGGUGCUGAUCUCUCCUUCCUUGAAAAGCGACUUAAGUCAUGCCGUGAAGAUGGUAGUUCAGAAUCAGAUGUAGAUGAUGAGUGUUCAGGAGCAAACCUGCUGAAAAAAACCACACCAAAUAAAAAAAUAGGACGACAGACCAAAAGUGCCAAAGUGUCGGCCAAGGUAAAUGUGAAGAGACCAUGGAGUGAGGCAGAGAGGAGUGCAGUACACAAACAUUUGGCCAAGUUUAUAGCCGAGCGCAGAGUUCCUGGAAAACUGCCAUGCAUGAAGUGCAUAGAGGAAGAAGAAGCCCUAAAUGAACGAUCUUGGAAGGAUGUGAAGAAUUUUGUGUACAACACAAUUGUAACUCUAAAUCGGAGAUCUGCUUCAAGAAAACUAAACUUUUAAAGGCUAAAUGUGGUCUUAUUCUCAAUCUCGCUUUCUCUGUUUCUCACUUUUCCUUUUUUUUUGGUUUUAACAUUUUGUUGUAACGUUUACUGUUUUCUGAAAUUGUGAACAAAAUAAAUGUUCAUCUGGUUACUGCAGAUGGUAUCUCUCUUGCAGCUUUUUGGAAAUUGCGGGAUGGUGGGUAUAUAUAUUGCUAAAAUUUGGUUCCUUUAGUAUAAUUAAUAAUUGCACAGGAAACUCUUUGCAUUUUAGUACUGUAGUCAGAUUAUAAUAACAAACAUAUUUAGUUUUUUAAAAACCCCAGUUUGUGGCUUGCAUGAUGAAACAUAAAAUGGCAAAGAUGGUUGAAAGCUAAAUCAAUGUAGUUCAAACAAUACAUUGACAAAUGAACUCAAUAGCGCCCCCAUGAAAAUGUCCUCGCUCUGCUGGUAAAAAACUUUUUCUUUCCCUUUGUUUUAUUAAGAAUCUGAGGUGAUAACUAGGCUCAUGGGCACCCCUAGUGUUAGAAUAUAACAUUUGUUUAUCUCAAAUUAAAGCAGAAAUGGUGGUCCUCAUACUGCAGGUUAAUUUACCCGGUCCUCAUUUUGGUAGUUGUACAGGAAUGUGUGUGUGUGUGUGUGUGUGUGUGUGUGUGUGUGUGUG